AUGCAUUCCCGUCUUCCGCUUUCCCUUGUCCUUUCCUCCCUUGGCCGUCGCCAUGCCAUCCCGCACGCGACCUUCACCGCCGCGUCGACCUCGCCGUUCUUCUGCUACUUGGACUCGAACGAUACGCGGCUGCCUGCCCACCCCACCCUCCUCCCCUACGCCCACCCCGCGGAGGACUACAACACCUACGUCGGGGAGGAGGUUUGGGAUCGCCCGAGCGGCGAUGGGACGGACAAGGCGGCUACCGACGAAGCGCCCGCCGACGACCUUCGCUUUGAUGCGGUCGUGGCGUGGGUGUGGCAGGUUUGGGAGCGGGAGGACUGGGCCAAGGACGGCGUCGUGCUCUGCGGGCGUUACUGCGUCGCGAACGACUGCGCGUGGGCGGUGAGCUCGAACAGCCCCGUGAUCUUCACCCCGCGGGAGUUGUUCAUGGUGAUGCGGAACUCCGUAAAGUUUCUGCGGGAUAUUCACACCCAGCUUCAUUCGUCGUCGUCGGGAAACGCGGAGGCGGAGUUUACAAUCGCGAAGGCCCUGGCCGGCGAGGGCGCAAAGGAGAUGAGAGUGUUUCUACCCUAUCGCCUCACCACAAAUGAAAAUAAUGAAUUACAUCUCUCUCCGCCGCUUGAGCACUACGCGGCGGUUUGCCAACGGCUGACUGACGUUUGCUUUCCUUCUCUUAUGGAUUGGUCGGAGGAGGAGCAUCAUGAAAACUUCAAAGUGAUUUUAAAACGCAUUCAACAAGCGCAACUCUUGGAGCGUGCGUACGCGACAAAUGGGAAACUGCUUCCAAAGUUAAAGGAAGCGUUUAUAAGACGUGUUAGUAGAACAACUGGAUCUACCAAACAUCAAUCCGGCACGGCUCAAAGGGGCGAAAGUCAAAAUCUUAUUCUUAUGCUUGCAGUAGAUAUUCUUUUUGAGGGUUCAUCGUUCCCGAUUUACAUCUUAAGCGCCAAGAUGAGGCUUUUCUUCGUCAAACUAGCAGACUCCCUUAAUCAGGAAGUUGGAAGUGAUAAAGACGCCGUUGUGGGAGAUUUGCCAUAUAUUAAAGAGCUUUUAAACAGCGAUAGUGACGAUAAUGAUAUUUGUGAUACCAAUGAUCUUAAUAUCAACGAUGAUGUGUCUUCUUUUUCUUCGUUAUCGAGUAUCUCUGAGAAUGAUGAGACGAAUGAGAGCCUUUUGGAGUUUUUCCGUCUUAUUAGAGAUCCAUCGAAUUGGAAUCGUUAUGUUAGGGUUAUGGCCGAACGCUACGCUUCUAGUUUUACUUCUUUACAACAAACUUGCAAUAUUCAGGAUGAGGCAGGAUCUCCUUGUCUUAUUCCUUUAGAGGAGGGUAACCCAAUGGUGAAUCAUUAUUGUAUUGUAGCCUCUGAUCCUAUGGAUUUGAUUACAUGUAGAGGAGAUUUACGAAUGAGAGGGUUACCUCUGGAGUUUAUUGAUCCACAGCUCCUUCAGGCGAACCCGGAAGCGAUGGAAUUCCUUCGAAACAUGCGUGAUGCGUUGGUUAAUAAUCAAAGUGAACCAAGUUCAUGUUAA